AUGGACCAAAUACACACGCGGGCCCUCGAAGCCCUCCAACCAUUCAUCCACCUCGCCAACUCCAACAGCGCGACCUCCCCCCGCUUCAUCACAAACCUUAUCACCAACGCGACCUCCAACCCAAACACCUACGUAUUCGCCGAGCUCCUGAACACCCCAGCCAUCCAAUCUCUCCGGGCCCCCGAUACCCUCCCCGAAUACUCCAGCUACCUUACCCUCCUGGAGAUCUUCGCCUGGGGCACAUGGCAAGACUACCAAUACCUCGAAUCUCUCGUCACAAAAGCCAUCUACGCUUCACUCAUCACCGCCCGGCUUUCUCCAGCCUCCACCCCACCAACCGUGAGCGUUACUUCCGUGGCGCCUUUGCGCGAUGUAAAGCCCGAGUCGCUGGGGAAGAUGAUUCGGGUUUUGGCGCAGUGGGAGACGCGAUGCGGGGACGUGAUUGGGGAUAUUGAGACGGAGAUUCAACGGAUUAAGACGGAGUCUGCGCGGCGGAGGACGGAGGAACAUGAGCGGAAGGUGUUGUUUGAGAAGGCGCUUGGUGCGUGGGGGAAUGAGAUGGGUGAUGGGAUGAAGAAGACCGGGGGUGGUGGUGCUGGUGGUGGUGGAGGAGGAUGGCAUGGAAGGGAUGUUCGGGGAGGUGGGGUUGGACUCGGAGGUGGGAAUAAGCGCGAGUUUAGUGCGGAUGAGUUUGAUGAUGAUGGAUAUUGGGAGUAUGGGCUUGAUGGGGAUAUGCAGGGGCUGGGAUCGUCGAGGAUGGAUAUUGAUGAUGGGGUUGGGUCGGCGAGAUUGGGGGCUGCGGCGAGGCAUCCGAAAAGGGUCUUGGGGAAGAAGUCGUAA